CGGCGGCGGGGCCGCCUGUGCCCUCCCUCCGAGCCUCCCUCCGCGCCUCCCUCCGCCGGGCUGAGCGCUGGGAGCGGCCGCGAUCGCAGCAUGAGCACCCUCAAGGUCUACAGCACCUCGGUCACCGGCUCCCGGGAGAUCAAGUCCCAGCAGAGCGAGGUCACCAGGAUCCUGGACGGGAAGAACAUCAAGUACGAGCUGGUGGACAUCUCCCAGGACAACGCUCUGCGGGAGGAGAUGAGGGCCAAGGCAGGCAACCCCAAAGCCAUCCCACCCCAGAUCGUCAAUGGAGACCACUACUGCGGGGACUAUGAGCUCUUCGUGGAAGCUGUGGAGCAAAACACCCUGCAGGAGUUCCUGAAGCUGGCCUGAGCCCCUGGCUGCCCUCCUGUCCUGGACUCUGCCUGCAUUCCUCAGCACUCUCAUCUCCCACCGCCUUCCCUUCCAGGUUGUCAGCUCUGUCCUGGCACCAUGACCUCUAUCCCGGCACAGGGGAAAACCCAUGACCAAAACUACUCCUUGCAGCUGCCUCCAAUGCCCUCCUGCCUAACCCUGGGAUCAUCUCAGAGGGAUCCAGAGCAAGUGCAAUGCUCCCUGGGAGCAGAGCUGGGCCUGGCUCCCUCCGCAGCUUCCAGUGCCUCUGUAAACAGCAAAGCCUCUGGGGCUGGGGGCAGUGCAGCUCCCUCGGCCCUCUCCUCUGCAGGGAGAGCUUCCCCUUUGGGAGGGAAGGGCUGAGGCUUGCAAGUUACUUCCCACUUCUCCCAGUUGCUGUUCAAGUUGUACAUCCUGCUGCCUCACUUCUUGGGUUUGGGGUUUGGUUUUCUGUUCUUCAUCUCAACUGCAGCCCUUGUGGCAGCUCAGAUGAUUGUUUUUGUUGUUGUUGUCUGUUUGGUUUUAAUUUAAUGCAAACUUACUGCACGGAGCUGGGGCCUGACCACCCCCUGCAGGAGGAGGCCAGGUCAGGGAGCUAAGGCUGGUGUCACUCUGAUGUCACUUGUCAGGCUGUCCUGGGGAGGGGACUGGCAGCCCUGCAAGUGGGAGCAGUGGCUGCUGGGCCUCCCUCCUGGGGGCUGCUCCAGAGCAGGCAGCUUGAGCUGUCUGAACUCUGCUCUUUGAGUUGGCUCUUGGUUGGUUUUUGUUUUGUUUUUGGUUUUGCAACCUGGACCAAGUGCAUUUUGUUUUCCUGCCAAAAAGCAAGUUUAUAACCAGUGUUGUCUUCAGAGAUGCUAUUAAAUGUUACUGAACCUUUCA